AUGAAAGUUACUAUCAAAGAAUGGAAUGCCGUCGCUACCUGGCGCUGGGAUAUGCCCGAGGACGACGUCUGUGGUAUAUGCCGUGUUCAAUUUGACGGAACAUGCCCAACCUGCAAAUUUCCGGGAGACGACUGCUCACUUUUACUCGGAAAAUGCGGCCACUCUUUCCAUAUGCAUUGCCUUAUGACUUGGAUUCAACAGGAGUCUUCGAAAGGAUUGUGCCCAAUGUGCAGACAAAGUAUGUACACUGCUGCUCCUGUUCUUGAUGUUAUGCUAAUGGACUGUACAGAGUUUGAGUGGAAGCAAAAUGACGAGUGA